AUGGCGUAAGCACGAACGUUGCUGGCAGGAGUGGCGGGUCUUGUGGAGUAGUGUGUUUGGAGGAUUACUGGAGUGUUGAGGUUUGUGAAGUGGACAUUUUGAGGUAGGCAAUGACAUCUAAAGGAGUUGGUGCUGCAAUAUCACGACGGAGCUACAGACUGGAAACAGAGAAACCAAAGUCUACAGGGUUUGUAUGCGAUACAUUGCUGAGUGACUUCCUGUACCAUGUGUUCCCCAGUGCCACUGGAAGACAACCAGCAGCUGCAUUCAGGAAACCUCUGACUUUUCAGAACGUUGAUGAACACUUGGAAAAGCUUCUUGCAGAGGAAGACUAUGAAGAGAAUGAGAAAGAUGGGGCUGUGGAGGGACGUCUUGGUCCAUCUAUUGUUGUUCUUGAUCAUAACACAGGCUACGAAGGUCUCCUCCUUGUCGAUGAUGACCUACUUGGGGUUAUUGGACACAGUAACUUCAGUACCAUCAGGGCAACCACUUGUGUGUAUAAAGGGAAGUGGAGUUAUGAGGUCAUGAUCUCCUCACAGGGAUUGAUGCAGAUUGGCUGGUGUACUUUGAACUGCCGAUUUAAUCAGGAGGAGGGUGUUGGAGAUACUCCGGACUCUUACGCUUAUGAUGGGAACAGAGUUCGUAAAUGGAAUGUUACAACCACAAACUAUGGUCAGUCCUGGGCUGCAGGAGAUAUCGUCAGCUGUCUCAUUGAUCUGGAUGAAGGGAAGAUUUCCUUCUGCCUGAAUGGUGUUUCACUUGGAACUGCAUUUGACAACAUUAAGACUGGACCAGGAGUUGCAUAUUUCCCAGCUAUCAGCCUUUCUUUCAAAGAGUCUGUGGCUUUUAAUUUCGGCAGUCGACCCUUAAGAUACCCAGUUGAUGGUUAUAGGCCUCUCCAGGAUCCUCCAAAGUCAGAGAUUCUAAAAGCACAGAAAUUGCUAGGAUAUAUGAAAAAUGUUCUUCAGACUGGAAUUAAUGUGCAGGAAGGGAAGCUAAUGGAUAGAGACAUCUCGACCUGGCAGAUUCAAGGAGAACCAACUGUGCUUGUAACACUUGCACACAUCUUCAACCACUUUGCUCCUCUUAUGUGCAAUGUGUACUUGGUGGAAGAUGUUCUGAUGUCAUUCCUGCUUAGUAUCUUGGAAGGAGGGGGCUCUGUGGAUGAACAUCCUUUAAUUCUGCAGCUGCUUGAACUAAUGUGGCUUCUUAUGGAAGAUUAUGAAGUACACGAAUGUUUAAAGCAACUGAUGAUGUCACUUCUCCGAGCAUACCGUUUUUCUCCCAUUAUCCCUGAUUUAGGGUUACAGAUUCACUAUCUACGCCUUGCAAUUGCAAUCCUCAAGCAUGAAAAAUCCCGGAAGUACCUGUUGAACAAUGUCUUAUUUGAUGUUUUGCGCUCUGUUGUCUUCUUCUAUAUCAAGACGCCACUUCGUGUAGAGGAGGCAGGGUUACAGGAACUAAUCCCAACCACCUGGUGGCCAACAAGAUUUGACAAAGAGGGAAAGGAAAACAAAGAAACAAAAGAGGAGAGUGCAGAGGAGCGAUUGAGGCGGCGUGCUUAUGAAAGAGGCUGUUCACGACUUCGUAAACGCAUAGAAGUUGUUGAAGAUCUACAAGUUCAAAUUCUUAUGCUUUUACUGAAUAACAAGGACAAAGGAACGGGGGAAGCAUCACGAUACAUUUUCUUGAACAAAUUUCGGAAGUUUUUGCAAGAGAAUGCGAGCAACAGAGGGAACCCCACAAUUUUAUGCCCUCCAGAGUAUAUGGUAUGUUUCACACACCGUCUAAUCACAGCAGUGAGAAAAUACUGGGAUGAAUACAGGUCGAAAAAUACAUCCACACUUCCAAGUUCAGAUGCCUAUAUUCCUCCUCAGCUGUUCUACAAUGGCAAAGUGGAUUUCUUUGACCUUCAGCGACUAGGUGGCCUUCUCUCUCACCUGAAGAAAACUCUCAAAGAUGACCUGGAAACAAAAGCUAAUAUCAUAAUUGACCCUGCAGAAAUUCAGGCAGUCACCAUGGAUGAUCUGGAUGAGGAUGAUGAGUCAGUUACUGCACAGCAGAGAACAUUAGGCGCUCUUGCAACUGGAGGUUUACCGACCCGACCAAGCUGGCUCAGUUCCCCUACCCUAGGAAGAGCCAAUAGGUUUUUCAACACAGCUUCAGUCAGUUUAAUGAAUUCCAGGCGGAUCCUGGGAGCCCCAGAAAAGGUGAAAGCCCGCACACUGAGUUUGGAACAGAGAACUGAAGAGGACAUUGAAGGUACUAAUGGUAGUGAUGGGUUGCUGCUUGGUCGCCCCUCUGAUGAAUCAGAGCAGCCGAUUACAGAGAAGUCCCUUUUGGAAAUUGUGGAUGGAAUUAUAAUGAUGUACAACAUCAGUGUGCACCAACAGCUUGGAAAGAUGGUAGGUGUGUCUGACGAUGUUAAUGAAUAUGCUGUUGCCUUGAAGGACACAGAAGAAAAGCUGAAGAGAUGUCCACAAAGGAGGAAGGAUAUCAUGGAUGAGCUGCUUAAGAGUCAGAAAGUUUUCUCUGAGAAGCUAAACCACCUGAGCCGCCGUCUAGCCUGGAUCAAUGCCACUAUCUACUCUAAGGACAAGAUGCUUGAUGUUUAUUGGCUGCUACGAGUCUGUAUCCAAACCAUAGAGCAUGCUGACCGGACAGGCUCUCUCUUUGCUUUCACUCCAGAAUAUUACUUGAAUGUUGCCAUGAACAGUUACAGUGCCCUCAAGAACUACUUCAGCCCUGUCAAUAGCAUGGAAGAACUUCCAGGUUAUGAAGAGACACUAACACGCUUGGCUGCCAUUCUGGCAAAGCACUUUGCAGAUUCCAGAAUAGUGGGUACUGAUAUAAAAGACUCCUUAAUGCAGGCUCUUGCCAGUUAUGUCUGUUACCCUCAUUCCCUGCGAGCUGUGGAGAGAAUCCCUGAAGAAGAGAGGAUAGCUAUGAUGAGGAACCUACUUGCACCAUAUGAACAACGACCUUGGGCUCAAACUAACUGGAUCCUUGUGAGACUGUGGAGGGGCUGUGGGUUUGGUUACAGAUACACCCGUCUUCCGCACCUUUUGAAGACAAAACCAGAGGAUGCUAGUUUACCUAGCCUUCAAAAACCAUGCCCAUCUACUCUUCUCCAGAAGCACAUGUCAGACCUGUUGCAGAAGAAUCACGAAAUGGCAGCAAGUUUCCUCAACAGUGUUCUUAACCAGUUGAACUGGGCCUUCUCCGAGUUUAUUGGCAUGAUUCAAGAGAUUCAGCAGGCUGCAGAGCGCCCUGAACGCAACUUUGUGGACAGUCGUCAGCUGAAGGUCUGUGCAACUUGCUUUGAUCUGUCUGUGAGCUUACUUAGAGUCCUGGAAAUGACUAUUACCCUUGUUCCUGAGAUCUUCUUGGACUGGAACAGGCCUUCAGCAGAACUGCUACUCAGACGCUUGGCACAGCUGCUAAACCAGGUCUUAAACCGAGUGACAGCAGAAAGAAACUUGUUUGACAGAGUCGUUAACUUGCGUCUGCCUGGUUUAGAAAGUGUGGAUCACUAUCCUAUUCUUGUGGCUGUAACAGGAAUCCUUGUCCGAAUCUUGGUGGACACUGAGAAGCAGAGGAGAGAUCGUGCAACAUCUGUGCUUCUGACAGACCCUUGUUUCCAGCUCCGAUCUAUUCAGUACCUCCUUGGAGAGACAGAGCAUAGUGCAUCAAAAGCAGGUCAAACUGCAGCUGACAAAAAACACUUCUCCCUGCGAGCCUAUACUGAAUAUAUCAGUCUAGAGGAGCUGGCCAAGGUAGAGAAAAUGAGUGUGCUAUUGAUGGAAUCGUCAAAGCAGGCAGCUGCCACUGCGUUGCCAACUAGCGAAGAGGACCUGUGCCCCAUCUGUUAUGCUCAUCCAAUCUCUGCUGUCUUCAAACCUUGUUCACAUAAAUCCUGCAAGGCUUGCAUCAACCAGCACCUGAUGAACAACAAAGAAUGCUUCUUCUGCAAAGCAACAAUCACAGGAGUGGAAGAUUAUAACAAGCUAGCCACAUCCUAGCACCAAUAAGUCUAUUAUUCCUUGGCCAAGGGGUCACUACUUUUGUACUGUCCACUUUUCCACAGAAUUUAGGAAUCCUCUUUGGCUUGCCAUUGAUCAAAGCUGCAGUACUUUAUCCCUGGUGUAUUUUAGAAAUGUGUAAAGCAAAUGUGUGCCAUGUAAACUCAGGAAUUCUUUUCCUACAUCUUACUAAAUGGAAAUUGCAUCCUUGACAUAAAAAGUGUAAUGAAAACUAA